CUUUACUUUCAUAUUUUAUUUUCUCUAAGUUUUACAUAAAAAAGAUUCGAUACUUUUUCGUCUCGCACGAAGGCAGACGGGAAAUUUAAUUAAUUAAUUAAUAGGAGCGAAAACGAAAAUUAAGAACGCAUUCUUCAUCGGAUCAUGGCUGCUCCCGGAAUCUCUUCGUGGGCGGGGAUGAGUGUGAUGACGUCAUCGAUUGCGUCACAGAUGCCCCGAAGGGGAAGGGAGGUUCAGCCCGAGUGUCCAGUUCCUCGCCUCUAAAUCUAAAUAUAAAUCUUAGGCUAAAUCUUAAUCUCAGUUUAAAUCUAAAUCUAAAUAUUUUGAUUUUAGGCUGCUUUUAGAGUAGAUUAAGUUUAGAUUUGGAUUUAGAUUUAGACUAAUAUUUAGAUUUACGCGAGUAGACGCCAUCGCUGAGCGAUUUUGAAUUUCCCGUACUGCAGCGAGGAAUUAUAUAAAUAACGACUCAAAAAUAAUUAUCUGCUCACGGGUCGCCGAUCGAAAGAGCGAGGAAUUCGUGCAGCUUUCUUUCUUGGGUGUUUCAGGCUCUUCAGUCGCACUGGACCGCGAUGCCGAUGAAAAUGAGAGGAUUGAGAGCGGCGGCGCUGCUGGUGCUUCUUCUCGCCGGAGGAGCCCAUGCGAUUCAGUGUCACCUGUGUGGGACCCCGGAUUCCCCAGCGUGCGAGAGAGGGGCGUACAAGAUCACGUGCUCCCCCGGCAUCCGUAGCUGCAUGGUCCUCUUCGCCAACGACAGCAAAGAGCGAUUGCUGGUCAGCGGCUGCGGCCUGGCGAACCGGGACGUGCCAGACAGCCAAUGCCUGCAAGUGAACGACACCUCGACGGGAAGAAGCGGUUUUGGAUGCUUCUGCAGCAACGACCAUUGCAACACUGCGGAGGCCUUUCGAGGAGAGAGCAAACGAGCCAAUGGGAUCCGGUGUUAUCUGUGCGGGACCCCGGACUCCCCGGCGUGCGAGCGAGGCGCGUACAACAAGAUCACGUGCUCCUCGGGCAUCCGCAACUGCAUGGUCCUCUUUGCCAACGACAGCAAAGAUCGAUUGCUGGUCCGCGACUGCGGCCUGGUGAACCGAGAAGCGGCAGACAACAAAUGCCUGCAAGUGAACGACACCUCGACGGGGAGAAUCGGAUUCGGCUGCUUCUGCAACGGCGACUUUUGCAACUCGGCGGUGACCGUGUCCGCGGCGGGGCGGAUGUUCGCGGUGGUCCUCUCCCUCGCGGCUCUCUUCGUCUCGCGGAAACUCGUCUGA